AUGAAAAACCACAUAGAUCUUCCGGCCAUCCCGCCAUCUCAGGAGAAGGAGCUGACGGCGAUCGGGAAAGAUCAGCUCACCCGGAAGAAACUCCAGGGCUUGUUGCAUCUAAUCACCGCCGACCUCAAGGCGCGAGGAACGAAAACACCCCAUGUUUUCCUUCCGUAUCGGUCCCGGGUGGAUGACUCAAAACUCGAGCUGUUUUUAUCCCGCGUUUUUCCGAACGGCGUCAUGAUCGAUGUGUCGCGAGAGCCGGAAACGAGGGCUCUCUUGGCCGAGUUCGAUGAGUUCACGCUCACCUGUGGCCUUAAGUUCUUAUGGUGUAGGCUACCGAACAACGAGAUCAUUGGCUGGGACGUAUACCAGGAGUUUAAGAGAAAGGAGCACGAGGCGGGCUAUCCGAAGGAUGCUUUUUUGACCAUCAUGCCGAAAUGUCUCUCCUCGGCGUCACAUGCAUCCAUUGUGUACGAUUUCCUAGAUCUUCUUAUCAGUCUCUCUGCAAAUUCACAGUACAACCAUUUGAAUGGGCAGAAAAUCUCCAAGAUGGCAAGCAUAUGGGCUUUUUCCUGUGCUCCCAAACUGAACUCGGCGUUCUAUGAUGCAACCAUGAUCAGAGAGGUGAGUUUCCUAGACGGGUUAGAGGCGUGGAAAAAAUUGUCCAACGGCUUAUUUCAUCUUCUACUAUCGUUUCUAAGAGCUAUGCUUCCUGAUACGGAGGCCGAGACCUUGAAUUUACCGAAAACGUUGCAAUCUUUGUUGAUCUCAAAUACGUAUCCUCCUCCAGAGGACAAGAAUCCUGUAAAAUCGGUCAUCACAAUCCCGUGCGUUCACGUAAGAUCAACUCGCAAAUCUACUGAUCCGUACGAACUCUUGAGUAAGAUUCGUCACACGCUUAGAUUCGACAAGAAGGAUGCAUUUCUCUCGAUCGAGAACUACACAAUUUUGAAGAACAUUUUCCAGAAAGAAUCGACAUCUGAGAUCAUAUCCACACUUACAGAGGAAUCUCGCCGCUGCCUCUCGCGCUUGACUGCAAACCUGCAACCAUCUAACUAUAAUGUGUACCCGGGCUGGGCUCGCUUAUCCAGUGGAGUAAAUCCUAAUAUUCCAUUGUACUCGGAUGUGACUAUCUCCAGCGUUACGCUACAGGAUUACUACAUUUGGACGUGGCUUUCAUCUCUUGGAUCUGACCAGUCUGCGUCUAUGAAAUCACUUUUCGGGAGAUCGAUUGUUGUAGAAGCGGGUUUACGUGGAUUCCAGAAAUGGAUGAUUAUUACCGAAACUACAAUACUGUCCGAUGAAUACAUUUCUAUGUUCAAGUCUCCCACAAAUGCAAAGGAUCUUCCUCUGCCACCUGUGGUCAAGGUGCCCCGUCAUGUCGAAAGGUCGCAAAUUCCUGAGAAGGAGGAUCAAAGACCCCCUCCACCGGUAGAGAAAGAUUCUCUAUUAUCUGAAAUCACAUCGGCCAUCGACAGUAUUGGUCUUGAGGAUAGACAGCAGAUGAGUGACUAUCAAGUGUAUUUGAAUUCACUAGCAGCUUCUGAGCAAAGAACUCACAAAGAUGUCCCGGCUAAAACCACUUCUCCGCUAACGACGAGAAAUCAAAAGGAUAGACCAAGGCCUCCUCCGCUAGAUCUAAAAACUUCAGCUCUUCAUGUUAAGCCCCCUUCACCGAAAAAGGCGCCACACUCUUCUGAGCCAGUUGAACGUACAAAUCCUCUGGACUAUCCUGAAUUUCAAGGGUACAAAGUUUACGCCAAGGAACUUUCUUUGCUGCCGGAAAGAGAAAAGAAGAAGCUGGAAUUAGACAUUCCGCUCGUAUCGGCGAACAUGAAAACGUCACACUCCUUCGAGAUUCCUGAAAGAAGUUACCUAAGAAUGGCUUCAGAGUCACAUCCGCAUCAUCCAAACCAUCAUUUGGAAAAUGAAGAACCUCCCUCGCGGCUGCCUGAACGCGAUAAUUAUGAAGCAAGCCAGGACGUUCACCAACCCGCUACAAUCAAACCAUAUUCUAUGGUAGACCAUGUCCUUAAAGACCACCAUCCGGUACAAGACUCUCAUACUCGGGUGCCCCAAGAAUAUGGGACAUCUAGACAAGCUCGCUCCGGGGAACAUCCAAACAUGUCACUUGAUGAGAAUUACGAUGAUCACCAUGCAAAUGAUACAGUUCAAUACUUUGGUGCUGAUAGAUCAUUUGAACGUAUAGGAACGGAGCGUUCUCCCGAUCGCUCCUCCCCCAAUCGCUCUUCCCCAGCUCGAGAAAGCCCAAACCGGCCAUUCCCUCAUCAACAAACUUCAAAUCUCUCAGUGCCCAAUCGGGAGGAUGAAAGUCCAGUGCGUGCUAAUGGACACGAAUAUCAGUACAAUGAUGGAGAAAUUGAGGCACCACAGGUUGAAAAGAAAAAGAAGAAGAAGAAGAAGAAGCGGAGAGAUGAAUAUGGAAACGAAUUUGCAAUGCCAAAAAAUCUUCCAGCUGGUCCCCCACCUCCGAUGCCUACAAUGGGGAACUCGUAUGAGGAGUUCAAUGGCAGUGCAGAGCCAAAUGGAGCUUAUCAGAACUCUCAAUUCAAAGCGAACGUGCCGCAAGCGGCUCCGCAAAUGGGUGAGAUAGGGUAUGACCGUACAAACAUUUCAGAACCUGCUGGCGGCUACUAUGCUCCAGAACAAGGUAAAGGUCGACUUCCAGAGCAAUUUCCGCAGAGUCGUGGUAACUCUGCGGAACGAAUGGACUACAGGAAUGAUCACAAUCAUAUUCAAGUUAGUCAACCACCUUAUGAUGGACACCAUGAGUCACAGGUUGGGAACACUACAUACCAACUGACAAAUUCAGGUGGCGAGAACCAAAAUCACAUUUUGGGUUCAGUGAACACUAUGCCUCCUGGGCAUCAUCACCAUCAACCACAUGUAGCACAUCAAAAUGGUCAAAGUUACGAACAGAACCCACAAGAUGGCUAUCAACAGCCUGUGUCAUACAACCAACAAUCGCAGCACAAUCCGCAAUUGAAGCAUACUCAGCAACCACAGCAUUUUCAACAGACCCAGCAUACCCAGCCACCACCUCAGAAUCAAUUAUACCCACCUCAAGGCCAAGGUCGUACUCCGUCCCAUGGUCAGUCAUAUCACCAACAUCCCCAAUACCCACAAGGUCCACCGAGACAAGCUCUUGGUCAGCAUCCUGGAGGUCCACCAGGUCAUUCGCAAAUGCAUCCUCAGGGUCAGUCUAACGUAGCCUCUCCCCCUGCAAAUUAUCCGCAAGAUACGCAUAAUCCCAGCAUGCAGUGGCAACAACCUCAAAAUUACGGGCCACCACCUCAAGGAUACGGACCACCGCCUCAAGGGUACGGACCACCACCUCAAGGAUACGGUGUCCCUCCUCAAGGAGGCUACGCUCCCCCCAUGGCUCAGCCAAUGUACUAUCCACCUCAACAAGGGUAUUUUCCUCCACCACAACAAUUUCAAAAGCCUAGGCCAAAACCCACCACAAGUGAGUUGACAAUGAUGAACAUGCCGAUGUCUGGAGGUUUCAAAAAGAACCAAAAGCAAAAUAAAGCUGGUAUGCGGGCAGCUCUCAACCAAGGUACAUUCGGAAUCUAG